CCUCGGUCUGGAUUAAUACCCAUGGGCAACAGUCUGAAUUGGAUAUAUCUCAACUCAUAUUUCUGAAUGGAGGAGAUUCCAAUUUUCCGCGCCUCGAAGCGCAGAAAACACAACAAAGUCCAUGAUGAUUCGACCGCAGAAAUCGAAGUUGAUCAUCAGCCCAUAACUAUCUCAGAACCAGACCGUCUUAUUACCGAAGGCGAACUUCCCCAGAACGACACCCAGGACGAGGAUCAUGACGAUGAGUCAUUAAACGCUGCUGCUGGUGGUGGUGGUGUCAUCCGAGCACGAAAACAAUUCCGGCGACCCGUGACCGGAGUAUCAUUCAGCAACAGCAGAGCAUCUGAACGCGACGAGAGAAAUUCAUCACUCGUCAAGAUUUCCAGUUCCGACGAGGCUAAGAACCGACCUGUCGAGAUCACCGAUCGCUUCAUCAGCAGUACUGGACAAGUUGUGGAUGUUGAUGAACAUAUGGUUGCUUAUAUAGAUUCGGAAUUGGCUAAACGACGAAUUGGACAUGGGAACGAUCCAUCUUCAUCUUCAUCUUUAUCUUUAUUACCAUCAUCACAACCCCAAAUCCAACCCAAUGAAUCCACCCUCCCCACCAACUCAAACACAAAUCCCUCCGCCUCCGGCUCCAGUACCAGACCCCCAUCAUCAAUCCCCUCCAUGCAGAUCCGCCCCUCGGUCACCCAACUCUCCGAAGUCGAUCUCGGCACGUCGACGUACGAAACCAACCUUGUGCGCACAAAAGAAGCGCUCGAACGAGCCCGUCUAGGUCUUCCACCACUCUCCACCGACCCCAAGCCCCCCCGACCACGUAAACCCCGGAUUGGUCGGGACGGCAAACCGAUGAAACAACCGCGAGCACCGCGGAAACGACGCGAUAGUGAAUCCUUGGCACGUGAUGCACUGGUUGAGAGUCUUCUCCAUGAGAAUCGUAUGGGAGUCGGGAUAUACGAAGGAUCUCCCGGUGUGACUAAUCUUGAUCAUAAUGCGUCUGGAAAGUCUCGGGGUGCUCGUUCGGAUGCGAAUAUCGAGCAAGCAGCAACGAAUCAAAACGACCAUGGCCAGAAUGAUGCCGACGCAGAUGCAGAUGCAGAUGAAGCAUUAGCAGAGCGGUUCCGACAGGAAUUCAUGGAUGCGAUGGCUGAGCGGCAAAGUCGACAUAAAUCGUCUAAUCAAGCGAAACAUUCUGGUAACGCCACGGGUGCGACGGGUGCUGGUGCGACGGAAUCAAAAGGUCCGAAGUUGGGUGGGAGUCGUGCGGCGAGGGCGAAGAUGGCGCAAUUGCAACAACAGCAGCAGCAGCAGAAAUUGCAAGGGGGUGCUUCUUCUUCGAUGAAGAAGUGA